AUGCCUCCAAGAGGUCGCCUUGCUGAGCCUGCCAUACGUUACGAAUAUUGUACCGAUGACGAUGAAAGCUACUACGAAGAGUUGCCGACCGCUUCGAGGCCGGUAAAGAGAAGCUCAAGCAGGUUAAGGGUCGAGUUUGACGAUUCCCACCGACAGCCCUCGCCUGUCCGACGAGUGAAACGCCAAUCAGUUCACCACCACCACUCUUAUGCUGCUCCGUUGUCGGCAACCGAUCCAGCCGACAACAUCAUAAUAGAGAAUCACCUCAAUCUGCCGCCUCAGCCACGACCACGAGCUUCUAGCACCGGAGCAGCCCCACAUCCCAACUUGAUCUACGUCCAAGGACCACCACGAGAACCGAGUCGCGAAAGAGUCAAGCACUACCAUCAUCACAAGCACUAUGACUCGGAAGAGUCAAGCGACGAUGGCGGUAGCUACAAGUCGUCUCACCGAAGACGAAGACGAUCCAGUCAUCGCGAUGAGGGCCAGCUGCCUGCAGAAGUCCUGAGGAAGCUGGCAAAGCUUGAGCUGAUCGAACAGCAGAACGAGAGUCUUUCGCCUGCAACGGCCGAGAAACUCGCGCGUUUGAAAAUGCUGGAAGAGCAGCGGAAGAGGGAGGAAUAUUCGCCCGCAACUGCUGAGAAGCUAGCGAGGCUCAAGGCACUAGAGGAAAAGAAGAAUAGAGACGAAGAGGAGGCUGCGCUACGUGCUCGCAUUGAAGAUCGAGAGAGGAAAGAAAAGCUUCGAGAGGAACAACUUCUCCUCAGGUAUCAAGAGAGGCAGCGACAGGAAGAAGAUGAUCAAAGAAGAAUUCUUGCUGAAGCUGAAGCCAAACGUACGAGGAAAGAGGUUGAGGCCAAGGCCGAAGCUGACAGGCUGUUAGCUCGUCAGAAGGAGAAGGAAGCUAAGGAAAAGGCGGAGAGAUUGAGGAUCAUAGCUGAAGAGAAAGCCAGGAGCGACAAGGAGAGAAAAGAAGCAGAGGAAGAGCGCAAACGUAUACUUUUGGAAGAGGAGCUGCGACGAAAGAAAGAGAAGGAAGAAGCAGAAGUGUUACGGAAACGUAUCCUAGCUGAAGAAGUUGAGAGAAAGAAGAAGGAGAAGGAGAAAGCUGAAAAGGAAGAAGAAGAGUUUCAACAGAAGGUGAAGGAAAAGUUCAUGAGAGCUGGUUACUCGCCAGAUUAUAUCGAGGACAUUCUCGACGAGAAGAAAAAGUCAAGUUCUUUGGCUCGAGUGGGCUCGAAGAGCCGCAGGCGCGAGAAUCAACUUGCUCUCGAGGUUUCGCGCCCAACAUAUAUUCGAGUCCAGGUCCGUCAUCUAAGCGAAGACACUCUGGACUACUAUGGCCUACCAUGGGAGUACGACGAGAAUGAUCGUCGAUAUAUUUUGAUUAAGGAAUACAUUGGUCACGAUUUCCAGCAGGAGCUUUUCGAGCAUACGAGGAAACUCAGGGUCAAGAAGCAGAAGUUACUCAUUACCGAUGGGUACGUGAAAGAUACUGUCACCACUUUGAAGCCCAAGGACGUGUACAAGGAUAGCAGAUCUGACGAGAUGUUCGUCGUACGGCGGAAAAGUGUGAGCAAGAGUCCUUCGAGGAGGAGCUGGAUGUUUACAUAA